AUGGAACAAAAAGCAGACUUACCUCUCUCCGAAUACGAUUAUGUUUCUGACGACGAUUCACAAUUUCACGAGCCACCUCCAACCUAUGAUUCAAUUUGCAGUGACAUUGCAUUGGAACCACAAAAAUUAACAGAUGAGAAGGCUUCUUUGACAUCUGUUGAAGAAAAUGGUCGAUUCAGCAUCAAUCUGAGCGCAGGGCCUCGUACAUCAGCUAUCAUCCAGGAGCUGUAUCGGCCAACCCAACUUCCGAGGCUAGUGAAUGUCACAUCAACGGAUAGCCCCCAGCAUUCAGAGACAGAAGAUAUUGAGAGUGCAAAGGAAACCAAAUUCAUCUCCUUGGAUAUCGUUUUGAUGCUCGUUGGUAGUAGAGACGAGAUCAGAUCAUGUGCGAUAAUCGGUCAGAAAUUACGCCAGCACGGCCAUCGAGUACGCGUGGUGACGCAUUCUAUCUUCAAAACGCUCAUUACAAAACUUGGCUUGGAAUUCUUCUCUUUCAGUGGAAGUCCUGAGCACCCUGUUGCAAAGCAAGACUCAGGUCUAAUGCCUGAAUUGAGAAGCUCGAAGAGGCAGGAGGUUUUGAAAAGCAGUAAGCUCCUUCUGGAGACAUUGAAAGGAUGCUGGACUGCUUGUACACAUCCGGGCUGGUGGAAAGACAGACCCUUUCUUGCAGAUGCAAUUAUCGCAACGCGGCUUGCGCAUGCGCACCUGCAUUGUGCUGAGCGGCUUGACAUCCCGUUGCAUAUCAUGUCUACUUCUCCGUGGACUCCCACUCGCCGAUUUGCGCAUCCUUUGGCUUAUUUCCGUGCUUCAACUGAAGUGGAGCAGGAAGUACAGAACUAUCUUUCUUAUACCUUGAUCGAGGAGUCGAUUUGGCAAGAGGGGGUUUUGAGGAAUCUCAAUGUCCCUCACACUUACCUUUGGACGUCUGCUCUUGUACCGGCACCGAAUGAUUGGGAAAGGACAAUAAAUAUUGGCGGUUAUAUUCCAACGACCACACAGGCUCUCCCUUACAACCCCCCAAACGAGCUGACGCAGUUCCUUGAAUCUACGCCGGCACCCAUAUUCGUAUCGCUAGACAUCAGUCUUCUGCAAAGCCCGGAAAGAUUCGUUCGGUGCGUGAAAGAAGCGUCCGAAAAAUACGGCCUCGCGUUUCUUUUGCCUAGUACAUUCCACUCUGUGAGCGGAAUUUCGGAAGAUUCUAAGCUUUUUGUUCUUCAUGAUGUUCCAAUUGCAAUCUUCAAAGCAGGCCUGGGCCCACCCCCUGUUCAUGAGAAAGACUUCUCCUGUGAAUCGUUAGUUAUGGCCAUUCGACAAUGCCUACAGCCCGAGGUCCGAGAAAAUGCAAGAGCAAUUGCAAACAAGAUGAAAACAGAAGAUGGCGUCGCGAGAACCGUGAGAUUAUUCCAUCGCUAUAUGAACUGGGAUGCUAUGCAAUGCAGUUUCUCACAGGAAGAUGUGGCUACUUUCAGAAUUUGUGAUAAUCCCAGUGUGCAGCUAUCUUCGGUUGCGGCGGUCAUUCUCCUAAAUGCAAAAGGGUUGAGAUGGUCGGAAUUGGAGUUCACCGACGAAAAGCCAGAGGGCUCAAUCUCAAAGUGUGAUACUUCACGAUCUGCAACAUCCAUGUCGGUUGGAAAAGACCUGAUCAAGGCUAUUGCCAAACCGACGUUCUCGCACAUUGCAGAUGCUUGCAACGGAAUAGAGGUGUGA